AUGUCACUGGAAGCAUUGACGCCAGAGCAAAAGGAAGAUGUUGUCAACAUCAGUCUUUCUACCUACAAUCUGGAUAAUGUCAAUAUCCGUGAAGCGAUAAUCGAAAGAUAUGACGCCGAGAUAAUUGGGAAAGACUUAAUUAUCAAAUGCGAUGGAAUACAUAAGUCUAAAAUCCAUUUCAAUUUGGCACAUUCGGCUAUGAUGCAAAAUUCAAGUUGGGAUGUAAAUAUUGAUGUGACAUGUGUGAUGGGAGGCAAUAAUUUUCGACCUGACGUUGGCAUUUGGUUUCGGACCCCAACAUUUGCACAAAGUUCAAGACCCAUUGUACACAGGUGCCCGCCACCAAACGUAUGGAUAGAGGUUUUCUAUAACAGUGAUCCAGAUCGUCGCAACGCUUUAUCUAAAAUUAGCUUUAUUCGAGAAUACACGACCAAUGUUGAAUAUGUCGGAAUUGCUAUCCCACACACGACUAACCCUUUUCCUCAGAACGAAAAUCCGGGAAUAACUACGACACCAGCAACUCAACUUGACGAUUCUCCUAGAGCCCCGUAUAUUAUCCAUUUUCCGUGGGAUGUGAAUAGAGGUAGCAGUCUGGUUUAUUAUAGAAUGAAUUGGAAUGAGCACCUCGACCUAAGAUGUCAGUGGAGAAUUGAAUUCAACAUUGUGCUUAAUGUAAUUUCUCAACCAUAG